CUCAGUCUCUCUCUCUCUCUCUCUCUCUCUCGGUCGCUUGCUCGAAUCGGAAAUCGGAAUCGGAGUCAGAGCCAGGGAGCUCGCAGCUCAGUGCACCCCGGCGAAGCUUCAUUUUCCCAACGAGGGAGGGGAGAGAUAGCAAGAUGGACGAUUACACGAGAGAAAUGAUGGACCUCAAAACCCUAGUCACUCGCACCCUCGAGAAGAAAGGCGUCCUCGCUAAAAUCAGGGCCGAACUAAGGGCAAGCGUGUUUGAGGCAAUUGAAGAGGAGGAUCGAGUUGUUGAAAGCGAAGGUUUGCCUCCAGCGCUGCUGGGUAGCUGUAAUGAGCGCGCAAAACAGCUUCAUGCUUCUCCUUCAGGGAGGUUAUUGACUGCACUAAUAUGUGAAUAUUUAGAUUGGGCCCAGCUGAGUCACACCUUGAAAGUCUAUCAGCCAGAAUGUAAUUUGCAAAAAGAUUCCUGGAAAUCUGAGUUGAAGGAAUUUAGCAGCAAGAAUGGAUAUGAUCUGAACAGAAAUGGAGAUAGUGCCCCCUUAUUGUUGGAUGUGCUUGAAGGUUUUCUGAAAUAUGAGAAUUUGACCAAAGGAAGAAGCACUGGAAGGAGAGGGGGCAAUCCAGAGGAGUCUAUGUCCAACAUAGAGUCUCGAAAUGUUCGUAGGCCUUCAUCAUCAUCUGUAGCCGGGGGUUUACCUCCACUUGGAAGAUCCGUUCCUGCUUCACACACGUCUGAUAGGAGAGCUGGGUCUUCCACAUCGGGCUAUCGAAAAGAUGAUUACAAUUGGAGAUAUGACAAUGAUGAGCCUGAGGAUAUCAUUCGAGCAUCAGCUGCUCUGGAGAACCUUCAACUGGAUAGAAAAGCUCGAAAUCUUACUACAUCAUGGCGGCAUGCUGGUGAUGGAACCUCUGAGGAUGAAGGAAUGGAGGGUUGACUACGAGCAAGUGAUCUUCAUCGACGAUUUUACAUUUACUUGUUUGAUGAUGUGUAAUUCAAGUAUUUGAUUGCCAACUGUUCGGGAGUUAUUGAUUUCUCAGAAUGAGAAUAGAAACCAUCGUAGGUGUCUGUAUUUCGUGAUUCUGAUAUUUAGUAACUUUUCUCGAGUUCCUUUUUCCCUUGCGGCUUUUCAACAUUACCUAAAAAAUUUGGAUUGUACAUUUUGUUUCACCAAA